CCUUUCUUACCACUUCUCAUAUAAUCUCACGGAAUGACCGGGCGUUUUUAGACCGUGCUUACGAAGCUUCUCCAAUUCUGAGCUCAGAUCGAAUUGUUCUUAUAUAAAGACUGAAGAACAACAAGACAAAAAAGGAAUUCUUCUGUGUGUUAUUGCGAUUCCACGUCGCAGGUGCCACAGGAUGCCCCCUCUUAGCAAAACCCCCGAACCUUUCGACUUCGGGUCUGUUUCACGCUCUCGCAGCACGAGCAUGUCAAGCGAUGGCCAGCUCCCACGGAUCAAUCUCCUCCUCCCGCCUCCCGUGACCCCUCAGCCAGCCUUCAUUGCCUCGUCCGCCGCUGCGCAGAUCAUUACCGCGGACCAGGAGUUCAACACAGUCGAUUUCGUCGCCGAUGACCACGAUGGGGAAGGCAAUGGUGACUCUGCCAAUGCGCUGGUCACAGCAGAAGCCCUCUCGCAUCUAAACGGUUUCCUCGACCAUCUGCUUUUCAAUAUCCUGGCCGUCUCCAAAUCCACACAGCUCUCCAGUAUCCGACCCGCUGUCGCUGAAGUGCUGAAACCUCGCCUCGCCAAAGAAGUCGUGUCUGCCGCUGAUGAUGAAUUGAGUGAAUACAUGGGUGGUGAGGGUGAUGAGCAUCUUGAAUUCCGUGGUGGUCAGGAACCUACCGGCGACUUCGAUCUUGUCCGAUCGUGGAAGCGUACUCGACUACGCUGUAUGGUCUACACCCGCCUGGGUGACAUGGAGGAGGACGAGGAGGACGAGCACAUCGUCCGCGAUGGUCUGGCAGAGACGGAGACCGCCCCACGGCGCUUCGCCAGUCAUGUCGACAACAUCACCCCGGCUGCGGCCAUCUUUCUUACUUCAAUUAUCGAGCAUCUGGGCGAGCAGGCCUUGAUCAUUGCCGGUGAGACAGCCCGGUCUCGGUUGUCGACUAAGCUCAGCCUCGAGCACGACGAGAUUGCCGAAUCCGGCGCAGAACGCGGCCGCAUCGAUCGUCUGGUCGUUGAAGAUUAUGACAUGGAAAAAUUGGCGAUGAACGCCACCCUGGGCCGGCUCUGGCGCACGUGGAGGAAACGAAUGCGCACCCCGAAUUUGUCCCGUACGCUCUCGCGAGAGUCUUUCCGUCGCCGUGGCAUUGCAUCCACACUGGCGAGCAGCCGCAAGAGUAGUGUCAUCACUAUCGAUGAGCUUCCCGCGCGUUCGGUUACCUCGUUUGAGACCACCGAAGCGCACGAGGAAGAGAUUGACCCAGCGUCUAUUCCUUUGCCCAUGUCGGAGCACGACAUCAAGGAAAUCUCUAUCCCGGGUUUCUCAGCCGAACCGGAAGGCGAGAUUCAGACUAUGGAGGCUGUUGUGGCCCACAAAGUGCGUCCACGAAGUCUCAUGGUACUCUCGUCUCCUUCCUUUCCCCGAUCUCGCUCCGUGGCAAGUUCCCCUGUGGCUGGCCCUGAGUCCCGUCCAAAGCUGAACCGCCAUUCCCGUUCGCGCUCGCUGCCUAACAAUUCGUACUUCCCUCUGGACGUUGUGGCAGCCCAAGAAGAGGCUGCGCUACCCGUAGAUACGGGUGCCAAUAAACAGGAGGAUGCUCAAGAUAUUGUGUCCCCCACUCCGUCGGAGGAACGACGCCGGUUGGAGACCAUGUACGAGCAGGAUGAGUCUGUUGAUCCUGAAUCCACCGGUCUGGCGAUCUCCACGCCCACGGCGACUGAAUUCUCAACCGAACAUCGUCACUCCGAAGGGGCGAAGACACCUACUGCACGCCACUCUAUCAUGGCUCCUUCUCUGUCAGGUGCAUCGGUCGAGGUUGAGGUCAGUCGGCCUGGCAGUGCUGAAACGGCGUAUCUGAACGAAGAGACCCAGCGUGGUAUGACUGAGAUCAUCGAAGAUCGGGGGACGUCUAGGCCAACUUCGACCAUCCAGCGCCCACGGCGUAAGGCUAGUGACGACUCGAAAAAGUCCCUCUCUGCUUCGGCGUCCAGUGCGCCUGGCGUGCCGGCAGAGAUCGAGGUACCCAUUCCGACGCAAGGGGCUGACGGCCACUCCACCGACGCACAAAAAGCGGCCGACGAUGCGAAGAAGACUAUUGAAAAGACCUGGUUUGCUCUUGACGAUGAGGACGACGACGAGGGAGCUUGCCCUGCGCCUUCUGUUCCUAGACGGUCAUCAGCUGAGCGCGCUGGCCGGUCCUCUCCGGCUUUUGCUACAUCCAACCGGGCUUCCGUCCAGCGAGUUCCCGGACAAUUAUCGACGCUUUCCAAGUCGGACAGCAACAGUGAAAAGCGCCCGCCUACUGCAGGGUCAUCCGGCUCUCAGGUCUCGAAUAAGCUGAAAGGCAUGGUUGGCCGAUCGCCGCGCGGUGAAUCCGCGUCUCCGCGUAUUCGCAGUUCUUCUGAGACUAGCCGACCAUCGAGUGGUAGCAGGAAUUCGCCAGGCUUGGACCAGCUUAUCCAAAGUGAUGAAACGAUUCAUUACACCUUGACGCCCAAAAACAUGAGGGACAUGGAGGAACCCGAUUCGCCUCGUUGGAAGGCCAAUCGUUCGAGCACGGCGGAUUUGGCAGAUUUCUUGAAGGGCACUGGUCCUCCCGGGGAUCUAGGCCCGAAGAUGAAUUCCAAGUCACUUGCCAGACCAGUAUCCAAGUUUCAGCCGAUUGCUGCAGCCAGUGAGGGUCUCUCGUCGCCUAAGGAUGCGAAGCCUGCGGCCGAUUCGACUCGCGACUUUGCUAGUUCUGUGAAGUCGAGCGGACCUGAUGGCCCUGCUAGUGCAAGAGAAGCUACUAAGAGCCCCGACGCCCCUUCGAAACCCAUGCGUCGGUUCUCCGAUGCUACGGAGAUCUCCAAGAAGUUCAUUAGGCCGGGUAGCGGUUUGUCCAACUCGACAAGAAGCACCUCUGGUCCACGGUUGCAGGCUCGUUCCGCUGUGGCUCCCAGAGGAGAGCAGACGUCCGAGCUUAUUGACUUCAUCCGUGAGGGCCCGCCUACGCCUGGAUCUCAUCGCAUUUCCCGCUCCGUUGCACCAUUCCGGAAUACAAUGGAUUCCGAUGACAUGAACAACUCUGCUUCCCGGGCUUCCGGCGAGAGUACCCCCAAUGGCUCGAUGGCUACCAAGUCUCACGCCUCGCUGGGUUCCCGCACGGGACUCUUGGACUCGUCCAACCGCGCCAACGGCAAAGCAGAUGCUCCUGCGCCCACAUCGGCUCCCUCCGGUGGUGCGAAGGCAUUCGACGAUGACCCGAUGCCUGUCCGGAAGCAACGACGGGUCCGGGAUCCAGAAGCCUCAGCGUAAGGAGGAAAGCCUGGUUGAUUUCCUGCGCAGCGAGCCUCCUCCUGAUUUUGAUUCGACUCCGCAGCCAAUUGCCACGACCAACGUGACCGCUCCUUCGAGCAAAUCUCCAAGCAGUCUCACUAGUGCAUCUGCCAUGAAGGCCCGUUUCCUCCGCAACAACGCAGAAAAAUCACCCACCUCGAAAACCUCCAAGACAUCUCUGCACUCCGCCCAGACUGAUCCU